CCCUGGGGGGUCAGGGUGUACAGGAGUCCCAGGCCCCUCAGGCAGUGGUGACAGCUUGGCAGCCAGGGCCCCCUCUGCCCCGCCUCAUGCCGGUGGGGGCUGCGCCAGGCGCCCCAAGAUGAAGCGAGCCGGGGAGCUGCAGCAAGUCUCCGACUUCAGCGACUUCGUGAGCGGGCGACGCCUGCGGGAGCUGCUGAGCCAGCGUGGGCCGGGCGAGGCGCCGCACCACGUCCAAGCCAGCCCAGAUGGGCAGCACCUCCUGCUGCUCCUGCGUGGUCGGUCGGCGCUCCAGCCGCAGGUGCUCGCCUUCCCGCGCCUGGGCACCAGCCCAGGGGACUUGGAGAGGAGCUGGCAGCCGUCCCAGCCCCCCAUCGUGGGGCUGCUCUUCCUGCAGAGCCCCGCAGCGCUGACCUCCUGGGUGCUGGCCGUCAUCUGGGAGCAGGGCAGGACCGAGGUCUGGGGGUUCAUGCCAGUGCUGGGCUGGCAGCUACACCAGAGCCUGGAGCUGUGCCAUGGGGCCCGGGCUCGGAUCGUUUCCAUCUGCAGCCAGGGAAGCAGCCUGGUCUGGUGUGAGGAGAGGCCCCCCUCAGCCGCUCAUCUGGACCCAGGCAGGGGGGCCUUCAGGUACUGCAUCUGCACCAGGGCUUUGGAGGUUGGGGAGCAGGGGGCACACCUGGGCGCCAUGAGGAUAGUGGUGCACAAUAGCCCCCCGUACCAAGUCCUGGCCUCACCCCAGCAUGUCUUCCUGGUGCCCACCGUUGCCACCUUUGCCAGCAUCUCCACAUUCCUGCUCAUCUGGUGCCCCUGGGAGGCUAAAGUCACCAUUGUGGCCCCAUCCGGCGGGUUCGUCCACAGCGAAGUCCUGCACUCCAGUGACUUUAAGAAGCUUGUGUUUGGGUCCGUGGGUCUCCUGCUGUCUGUGGCGCCUCUGGACAUUCAUACUUGUGCCCUGUCCAGCUGCGGGGGGCUCCUGCUGCUCAGCACACAAGGCACGGUGCAUCUAGUUCAGCCAGACGGGACCUGGAGACACGUCUAUGAUCUGGGGGGCAGCUGCCUGGCCCAAGGAGACCCCGUGCAGCUGAAGGCCUUUGGCAGCACCCUGGCCUGUGUGCUGGCGGGGGUCUUGUAUCUCAUUGACUUGACCAGUGGGAGGCUAAUUGAGAAAAAACUCCUGAGCACCAAAGAGGUGCAUUUCCUGGGGUCCCCAAGCAGGGAGGAGGAGAUCCAGCUCCUCACCCCAAUGGGUAUCUAUUGCUUCAGCUUCUCUAGCCUGGAGGAGGGUGGCAGGCCUGAGCCCACCCUGGUGGAGAUGGUCUUUGAGGAAGCCUGCAAGUACUACCAGAGGCGAAGCCUCAGCAGCUCCCAGCUGACGGUGGAGAAGCUGAAGAAGGGGGACAUGUUCCAGGCACCCAUUGCUCUCUCUUCCAUCCUGCAGCACAGCCUCCCCACUAAGGAGAGGGCAGCCAAGGUCCUCCCGGAGACCUACGCCAAACUGCUGAGCACCCUGAGCAUGGAUCUCCAGAGCUACCUGAGCCUGGAGCUACUCAAGUCCUGCAUCGUCAGCGCUUCGGAGAGUGAAGUCGACAGGUGCUGCGAGGAGCUGGUGGAGCAGGAGGUCAGCCGCCUCCUGCGCUUGGACUUGGACAGGGAGAACCUGGCCUAUCUGAAUGCUGUCUUCAAUUCCUUUCCCAAGGCCUCCUGGAAAGCCAUCCGGGGCAGCCUGCAGCUGCAGCAGAAUGGAGAUGGGCUCCUGGUGGCCAGGACCACCUCAGACAUCUGGAAGAAGGUUUUGGGGGGGCCAGUCCCUCACUGGUCCCAGCAGGAGGAGAUAGGCCUCAAUGGGGUGGUCCCGCUCUUCGAGCUCAUCUGCGGCUCCCUGCACAGGUUCAAACCCAAGUGGCUGCCCCGCUUUGUGGAGCUGACCCAGCAGUAUGUUGGGGCCUCCUGGACAUACAGCACCAAAGAGGGCCCUGAGGGCGGGGUGCCCCUCUACAAGAGAGCACUGGCCGUUCUGGACAGGCAGCGCCACCGCACGGCCAACGAGCGUGAGCUGGAGAUUGAGCUGCUGCUGUGUAGCACGCGGCCCAAAGCCGUCCUGCAAGCCGUGCAGCUGCUCAUCCGCCUCCGCCGGUGGCAGCGGGUGGUGGAGGCAGCUGAGAAGUUUUCCAAGCUCAGCCCGCUGCUCAACAAAGAGAUCUUCACCACCCUCCUGGCGCAGUUCGCCCAGCACAGGGACCUGGACCCGUACCUGGCCGCCCUGUGGGAGCUGUGCCCUGCAGACCUGACUGUCUCAGACAUUCUCAGCAUCGUCCUGCAGCACCUCCCCAGCUCGGCGGGCGACCCCGCUCCCUUCUGUACCGGGGGGGUCCCACUGACCCUGGCCUUGCUGAAGCCACUGUUGCACAAGGUGGCACAGUGCCAGUGCACUCAGGACGAGCUCUAUGCUGACAUCUUGCAGGGCCCUCCGUUCCCGCCCCCCGCCCCGCCGAGACAGCACAGGGCUGGCCCCAAGGCAGCCCCAGGUAUGCCACAGCAGGCGAGAGCGUGCAGGGCUCCUUUCCCGGGCUGUAACCUGAGCGACGCUGUGUGACCUGACGUGUACGGAAUGGGAGUGAAAACCUAGCGAACGGGGGUAGGGGCAGCAAACGCCAGCCUGCCCCCCCCCCACCCCCUUCCAAAGGCAGAGACCAACUCUAGUUACACCUUCCUGCCUCAACCUCACUGCUGAGCUACUGCACUGUUCAGGGGGUGAGGGGGGUGGCCUAGGCUAGACCUGGGGGGGAGCACUGGGGUGACCGGGGGGUUUUACAGUUCCCCAGAGAAGGGAGUGGUGUGAGAGAGAGAGCGCACUGACUGCAUGUGAGAGACCCCACUCCUGGCCUGCAGCCCCCCUUGAAGUAAAUGCUGGCAUCCCGCCCUCUAGAAAUGGAGCAUGGGGGAUAAAGUACAAAGUCUUAACCCAAAUUCCCGUUUCACUUCAUUUGUUUUUGAAAGUUCCCUCCUGUGACUUGCCUCCGGCCAGGCUGUUUGGAGCAGGCGUGUCCCUUCGCGGCUCAGGAUCACUGGGGGCUGAACCCGCUCACGUGGGCACUGCUGGCCUGGCCCCAGUCUCUAAACCCUCCUCCUGGGGCCUGUGUUCUGCUCCUGGCUGGCCGGUCCCUGGGACCUCUGCCUGGGCCUCCAAGGAUGGAGGUGCCCCUGGCGGCUGCAGCCGUCUGUUUACCACUUUGCUAGAGUUUCUCUCUCCCCCAUGGGAUCAGCUCAGCAGCUGCCCUGAGUGCGUGAAUGGCCGAUUCCCUUACGAAACCACAGAGAAGGAGCGAGCUCCGGCUGCAUCCCAGCCUGUCCUAAAACAG